AUGACCUCGUCUUCCACAAUGAUGACUAGAACAAUAGGGAUUCUACUAGCAAUGGCCAUUCUGACCAGCAUAGCACAAGGCGGAACAACCUUCAUGUUGACCCAUGAUGAAUCAUUAUCGUCACCUCACCUACAGUCAUCCUCACAUUAUGAAUUCCGAGCGGAUGCCUCAAAUUCGUUCCAUCUGAGACGACAACGAAGACGACGAUUGGAAGAAGAAGAAGAAGAGGAAGUGAAUCAUAAUAAUCAAGAAGAUGAAGAAGAAUACGAUGAUGCUUUAGGAAAUAACAACAACAACAACAACAACGCAGGUGAAAUCACAGACGAACUUCAGGCAGGAGCCCACAAGGCGAAAUUGCAAUUCAAGUCCAUUGAUCGACACAGCGAGCAACGUGCGAUUCAACUCAAGGAACAUUUGGCACAAAACAGUAAAGAUAAAUUUGCAAGGGAACAAGCCCUACUAUUGGAUAACAAUGCUUCCGCAGCAGCAGCAGCAGCAGGUGGAUCACACGAACACGAUCAAUUGACGUCCAAAAUGAAAAUUCACAUUCCUGGAACCAAAGAAUUCAUCGCCCGACAAAAGGCAUUGAUGGAUAAGGUCAAAUCGUUUUCAUUACCAAAGAAGCAAGGCGACGAAGACAAAACCCCCAUAGUGCCCAUUCAACACGUCGACGAUGAGGAAACCGCAAAUGGCAAUAACAACGACAAGACGAAGAAAAAGGCGGGCAAGAUUCUACCCUUUCUAGCCAAACAUCUUCCGAAACCACCCGCCAAUAUUUUACGACGUACCGUGGCCAAGAUUCCCUUUUUACGAAUGCUUCACAAGCCCUUGUCCUUGGAAGAAGAAAUGAUUUUGGAUGCUUCCGUCAGCUUCUUUGUGCAUUUGGAAACCAUGGUCUACGAUGAAACCGGCAAGCUCGAGACGGAAGAGCAAAUGGUUGCCUUGAGCAAUUGGCUCGAUUUGGUCAGCCUUACCUUGCCACCGGAAUGGCAUUUGCACAAAUUGAUUGAUGAUUUGCAAAAGAACUUUAGUUACAUUGCCGAGGGGGCCGACAAUUUGCACGAGAUACUGGCCAAACACAAAUUGAGGCACAAACAAUGGAGUCACGAAUGUACCAUUGACCGUGGCAAAUUCCAUGUCGGAUUUGAUUGCGGCUUUUGGAAAUUGCUCCACAUUGUGAGCCUAGGAGUGGCCGAACAAAAGGGCGGAAUCCAUCUGGUCCAGGCCGAAAUGGUGUCCGAACGGACCAAGACCUUUUCGCCAUUGGAGGCGGCCAAUGUCAUUCGGAAUCUCAUCAAAUUCUAUUACAAUCCUGAUUACAGCAGCGCCUUUGUACAAGAUUACGAUGAUUGUAACAAACAUCGUCGAUGUGAUCGACUGACCAACGACAAGGAAGCAGCUUCGGUAGGAGACUGGAAGGAAUUGCCACUGUGGUUAUGGGAAGUCCACAAUGACGUUGCCAUCAAUGUACUGAAAGAAACGACCCAAAAAAAGCAUCCGGAAAUCUUGGAGUUGACACAAGAAGAAGAAAUGAAGGUCAUUUGGCCGUCGGUGGAUCAGUGUCACUUGUGCUUUCAAGAAGAUGGUACUUGGAAUGAGAAUCAAGUCUUCAACUUUUUGGAGGAGCACUAUUGGAUUGGUACGGACGUGGAUCCCAAGUAUGAUCGCUUGUUACGGUUCCAAGGAGAAGAGGAAGAUGCUACUCUUUUUACCGUCUAUGGACUCGUGGCGGUCUUUCUUGUCAUUCUCUACAUUUUGGUAAGGCUUGUUCUUGGCAAGAGCCAUACGAUCCAGAUUGCAGUGAGACGAGCACGAAACUAUGCCAACUUUAAACAAAGCAAGGCACGAACGGUGUGA